AUGGAAGAACGAAAUCUAACAGGUGUCUUAGAGUUUCAUCUCAUGGGACACUUAGAGGACUCAGAAAUGCAGCCUGUCCUCUUUGGACUGUUCCUGUCCAUGUACCUGGUUGUGGUGAUUGGGAAUCUGCUCAUCAUCCUGGCUGUCAGUUCUGACUCCCACCUCCACACCCCUAUGUACUUCUUUCUCUCCAACCUGUCUUUGGCUGACACUGGCUUUAUUUCUACCACAGUUCCAAAGAUGCUUAUAAACAUCCAAACUCACAGCAGAGUCAUCUCUUAUGUGGGUUGCCUGACACAGAUGUCUCUAUUUAGCAUUUUUGGAUGUAUGGAUGACAUGCUUCUGACUGUGAUGGCCUAUGACUGGUAUGUGGCCAUCUGUCAUCCCUUGCAAUAUGCAGUCAUCAUGAACCCUCGCCUCUGUGGCUUCUUAGUUUCUGUGUGUUUUCUGGUCAGCCUUUUGGACUCCCAGCUGCACAAUUUGAUUGCUUUACAAUUCAUCUACUUCAGGAAUGUGGAAAUAGCUAAUUUCUUCUGUGAUCCAUCUCAGUUACUUGAUAUUUCCUGUACUAAUACAUUAACCAAUAAGAUAUUCAUGUAUUUUACUGGUGCCAUCUUUGGAUUUUUUCCUAUCUCAGGGAUCCUUUUCUCUUACUAUAAAAUUGUUUUCUCCAUUCUGAAGAUCCCAUCCUCAGGUGGGAUGUACAAAGCCUUCUCCACCUGUGGGUCUCACCUCUCAGUUGUUUGCUUAUUUUAUGGAACAGGCCUUGCAGUAUACCUUGGUUCGGCUGUGUCAUCCUCCCCCAAGAAAGCUAUGGUGGCCUCAGUGAUGUACACUGUGGUCACCCCCAUGCUGAACCCCUUCAUCUACAGCAUGAGGAACAGGGACAUUAAAAGUGCCCUGUGGAGGCUGCACAGCAGGAUGGUCUAA